AUGUCUGAAAUAAAGAGCGCAGCGCAACUUGAAAAUGAAAUAAAAAAAAUUCAAGAAACAUUUCAAGUAAAAGAAACAGAGCAUACGUGGCAGUUGUUUGAUGAUGCGUUAAAACGUUUGGCUUCUUUGACAACAGAAUUGGUUGAAGAAAUUGGUAGAGUUCUCGGACCAAAAUUCGAUACCCUUGCGGAAUCGUUCGUGCCGGCCAUUCUGAAGCUCUGCACGCGCGCAAAUAAAAUUUUUAUUAAUAGAGCUCAAAAAUGCAUGAUGACAAUAAUCCGAGGGUGUCAUAUUCCGAACUUGAUACCAAAAUUUAAAGAAGCACUGCAAGGUCAAAGUAAAAUAUUGAGAACUUGCGCAUCUGAAUUUGUUCUUGUUAGUAUUGAGGUAAAUGAGGUUGGAAAUUUGAAUAAUUAUAUUGCUGAUUUGGAGUGGAUUAUUAGAGAGGGGGCAAUAGACUCUGCGCCAGCUGUCAGGGCAACUUCAAAGAAAAUUUUAGAGAUUUACAAAGUAAAAUUUGAUUUACGACUAGAGGAGUUUGUUAACACUUUAUCUUCUAAUGCGAAAAAAAAUUUGGGAAUUCAAGAACCAGCGAGUAAUCAUCGUCCACGUAUUAAAGCAUUACAAAAAAGUCGUAAAUAUAAUACGCAACAAAUGCAGGAUGACGUCAUCAUAUACAUGAAAAAUGAUGAAAAUGUUAAAGACAAAAAAACAAAUGUCAUAUCUGAAAAAUCGGAAACGAUUCAAGAUGAUAUCACGUGUACUGGAGCUGGAACAAAUCAAGAAGAAAAAACAAAAGCUAGUCGAGUUUUGAAUACUAGCAAAUCCAACAAUACGAAACCUACACGACCACCCUUACCAUCCCGCACGAUAAAUGUACCAGUCGUAGGCUCUAAUAAAACCAAACCUAUGCAGACAUCAACAAACAAGAAAAGAUCUGCGCCGCUUUCCUCAUAUAAACCACCUUUGGUGAAGGAGUCAAAGGCUGCUAUAAAUUCUAUACCAAAACCAUCAAAAGUGACAGCAACUGCCACGUCAACAGCAGAAGGGCUGACAACUACGGCUACCAUAUCGGUAACAAAAGAUCGUCAAUAUACACCGUAUGAAAAGCCGGCUAUCGGAUUCGCCACGCGGAAAUAUAAAAACCGAAUACCACAAGAUUCUUCAGAAUUAAGUGCAAAAUUAAACGCUUAUGCUAACAAAAUAAUUGAAGAAUUGACUGGACAACGUGAAAAUAAUGAAGACAGUGAAAACAUAACUUUGGAACUUAUUCCAAAAUUAGAAGAACAAAUUUUUGAGACAAAUACACAAAGAA